GAUGGACAAAAAUCAUAACGCCAAAUAGAAAAAGUACAGACAAGCACGACAGAAACCACCGGGACACCGAUGAAUGAAAGUAACGCGUUAGUCCCGUCUAGGUAAUGUCCGUUUUUACGUCUCGAUAUUGACUGUUAAGAAACAAACAACAGGAGAAGGCAAAGGGACGCGUUUCUUUGGGAAGAUGAUAUCGACAGCGAGUGCGUCUCUUCCCCCGAGCAUGUAGUUCAUGUUAUGGACUGUACAUUACGUUAGCUCACCGGCUAGCCCAACACCGCCGGCGACAGGCUGCCGCGUCUCCGGAGGAACGUGCGAUGACUUCCAGCGAUUUCUAUGGAUGAACAUCUAUUAAUGACAAUUAAUACGUUGUCAUGGACAACGUGAAACCACGCAGCAAUGAUGAGGAUGAAGAGCUACACUCUACAGACCAAGAGAGUAAAGAGAAGAGCAAAGAUAAAAAGACCCUGUGUAAAGUAAAGUGGUCCCGAGAUGAGGAUGAAAAGCUGAAAAAACUUGUAGAGCAGCAUGGACCUGACUCCUGGAAACUAAUAGCUAACUUUUUCCAAGGGAGGACAGAUGGUCAAUGUCAGCACCGCUGGCAGAAGGUGCUCAACCCGGAGCUGGUGAAAGGACCAUGGACAAAAGAAGAGGAUCAAAAGGUUAUUGACCUGGUACACAAGUACGGCCCGAAGCGUUGGUCAGUGAUCGCCAAGCACCUCCAAGGGAGGAUUGGAAAGCAGUGCCGUGAGCGGUGGCACAACCACCUUAACCCAGAGGUGAAGAAGUCUUCAUGGACUCAGGAAGAGGACAAAAUCAUCUACGACGCCCACAAACGACUCGGCAACCGCUGGGCUGAGAUCUCCAAGCUUCUUCCAGGACGGACAGACAACUCCAUCAAGAACCAUUGGAACUCCACCAUGAGGAGAAAGGUGGAGCACGAGGGAUACCUGCAAGAUGGCUCCAAGAGUUUCACCUCCUCUCAUGCUGGACUGAAGAGACGCCACCACAGACCGUGUCCUCCAACACCAACAGAGCUCCAGCACUGCGAUCGCAGCCCCCUGCCGAUAUCAGGACCCAACCAGAUGGGGAGCUAUCCUUAUGAUCCUCACAGUGGACACUUGAUGGACAGUCUUCCUGAUAAUUCUGGUUUCAUAUCGCCGUUCUGCCUGGAUGAUCCUGACAGAGAGCAAAGAAUUAAGGAGCUUGAGCUGCUGCUUAUGUCAGCAGAGAAUGAAGUCCAACGACAAGUGCAGUGCAGAGGUCCACGUAGUUUGGAGCAGUACUCGGCCUGGUCCGACAGUGUGUCAGAUGACACACUGACUACAAGUAGCAGCAGCAUAGAGGAGCAGGCGGAGAGAAGAUCCUGGAGGGGGCCUGAGAUCCCCCAAGAACCUUCACCACAGCUUGCUGUCUCCCCCAGCAAGUUCCUGGCUGUAGAGGCCAGCGCUGUGCUCUCUACCCUGCAGACCAUACCAGAGUUCGCAGAAACCAUGGAGCUCAUUGAUUCGAUGUGUUUUGCUCUGCAGGACCCUGGUGCAUGGAGCGACGUGGCCAGUUUCGACUUGUCAGAGACAGCGACGCCGCCCAGGCACAACCAGGCAGGCUACACCACUCUCCUGCAAGAGAGGACGGUUGACAAUUCAAUGGCCUUCACAGUCAACACUCCGCCUGCCAUCUCUGGUCGGGAUAAGAACUGCGCUUCAUUUGGUCUGGGCAGUGUCACCUCCUUGACUCCGAUCAACUCAUCCAAACCCACCCAGGCAUCCAUUGGGAGGAGGAGGAGGAAAGAUAGGGGGGAACCGUCUCCUUCAUGUGACAGGACAUGCUCUUCCUUCUUGGAAGAUAUCUCAAAUUCUCCCAAGAAAACGCCCACAAAGUCACUGCCAUUCACCCCGUCACGAUUCUGCAACAUAUCAGGGGCGGAGCAUCUGAAUCUGGAUAACCCCGCCCUGACCUCAACGCCUGUGUGUGGCCAAAGAUGUCUCCUCAACACGCCGCUUCACAAUGAGACCACACCUAAGCACCAGAAAGAGAAUGUUGGUCCACGGACCCCUAAAUUUCGUAAAACUGUCAUGAUUCCAACCCCGAGGACACCGACUCCUUUCAAAAAUGCUUUGGCUGCCCAGGAGAAAAUGCAUGGGCCGCUAAAGAUGGAGCCACAGCCGUUGGCAUUCCUAGAAGAAGACAUUCGAGAAGUUUUGAAGCAGGAGACUGGGGCGGACAUCUUUAACAAAUUGGACCUCCAGCCAGAUUACAGAGCAUGGAAACAUAAUAAUGACGGCCCAGCUAGAAAGGUGCGCAAGUCUCUUGUGCUGGACCCCUGGGGGAAAGACUGCCCCAGCGUCCAACUCUUCCAAGAGCAGCUCAACAAUGCACAAGUGUCAGAUGAAAGUAUACUGACAGGCUCUUCACUCGUCAACCAAAUCCCCGAGUGUGGCCGUUCGUUGACCGCUCGUUCGUUGAACUCCGGGCGAGAGGAGCCCUCGUUGGUCCCCGUUCAUCCUCAUCACUUUAGUAGCCCCCGGAAGAAGAAGCUUCUCAUCUCCCACAAAGCACCCAAACACGGCGCGGUGCAGGUGAGUGAGUGGGAAGCAGUGGUUUAUGGGAAGACAGAGGACCAGCUGAUCAUGACAGAAACAGGCCCGUCAGUACCUGAACCCUACACGUCGUCUGGCUCUACCUCAAGGGCCCUGGUGCUUUAAAGCCGUCCCCUCACUGCGCAUGCAACACUACUCCGCCCGUCCAACAACUAAACCUCCACUGAAUCCUGUAAGAGACAAUCCAGUGAAGACUAAUUAUUUUUAUUUUUCUUUGGAGCAGCAAUGCACUGCCAAGGAGGUCUGACAAAAUGCAUGGCUGCUGGUAUUGUUUUCAACCCAUUUAUACUUCACUGCCCAAGUAGUUUCUUGUUUCUAGCUUUGGUGUGUAUCUUCCUUUGAAUACACAACACCUGGACAACGUCAGCAGUUUUGUACAGAUAUGAAAAGGCUAGAAUUUCUUCUUGCACUAGUCAGUAAUGUUGAAACAACCUGCACAUACAGUAGGCUGUAGAAAUAGUGUUUAUUACUAGCAGUGGCUGCUUCUGAGUUUUAUAUUGUUAAUAUAUUGUUUAAAUGAGAAAGACAUUUUAUAAUCGCUACUCAUUGUGUAGCUUGUUGAGCUAAACUGCCCCAUUGCUGUUAAAAACCACGUACAUGCAUAUUAUGUAGCUUUUUAUCGACACCCAUGGAUUUUUUUUAAAAUCACACCGUGGAUUUUUAACUCAACUCCUACAGUACAGAAUAUAAUGUUAACCAUUGUUUUAAAAUUAGACAGGCAGAAAUACAGUUACGUGGGUUUCUUUUAGACAGCGGUGUUACAUUGCUGAAUGCCGAUCCGUGGUGAUGUGAAGCUUUUGAGGACGGAAAAAAGAAACUGUCAGUAUUGCACUACUGAGUUGAUCUGGCUGCUGAGGAAGGAGCAGCGUCUUUAAGGGCAAACUGGAUGGCACUUGUGAUGGUGUCUUUUUCUAACAACGCGUUUCCUUUCUAAGGCCGUGGUGUCUGUUGAGACAUCGGUUGAAUGUAUUUCAUUGCAUUGUACAUGUGUAAAAACCUCAAAAUGGAAGGGUACCUUAAUGUUUAUUACUGUUUGUUUUUAUUUAUUAUCUGACAGCUCUAAAGCUUAGAUAUUAAUAUAAAUCGGACACCGUGAGUUUUUAAGAAGUUUAACUUUGCUAACAAAACCGCCUAAAAACCCUCACUUUCUCUAAAACAGCUCUCUGUAGCAGAAGAUGAACCCGUUUUCAUAUCAUCAGUGUUCUACGACAAGCAUUUGGCUGAGAAGGAUUGACUUUUUAUGUGAAGGCUGUAGGUUUUAUUUAUUUAAUGUCUACUAAUUUAUUUAUUUCUAAAAAGAAAGAAAAAACAUUUCAGAGAAAUUAUUGAAGAAUUUUAUUGUUUGUUUUUUUUCUCAUUCAAAAUCAGGAUCGGGCUACCAUUCAGUUUCAUUACUCCAAGUUAGAAGAACAUGCACUGCCUCUAAUUCAGUACGUCAAUUUAUUUCCCUCACCAGGCGAGAUCUAGCAAAUAAUGUGUAGUAAAAUCUGUGAUCUUGUAACAUAUAGCUAGGACAUUUUCUUCUUUUGAUUCAAAUGUGUUCGUCGCUAUUAGCUAGCAGGACUCCAUCUCCGACCUCUAAUCAUAGACAAAUUGCACUUUUUACUCAUCAUUUAAUUUUAAGUGUUUGUUCAUUCUGAUGAUGUAGCUCUUGUCCUUAUUUUAUGUUGUGUGUGUGUGUGUGUGUGUUAGACAGUUGUCUUCCUGUUUUGUAAUGAAUGCUGACAUUACAAUCCUGCUGCUGGAUGUUUCUUUUCUCCUGUUCUGCUGCAGAACGUUUUAAACACACGACAUUGAAGCCUUACGAAAAACCUUUUUAAACAGCUCUUAGCAAAGAUACUGCUGACACGGACUGUCCUGAAAUGCCCUUGAGCAAGACCCCAAAACUCCUCCUUUAAUUGACACGAAGAAAGGGCUUAUUAAUUGAAAUGUAAAUAUGUACACAUUAUGGUUUGAUUCUGAAGAAAUGUGCUGCACUGUGCUUCCAUGUUAACAGGCUGAUUCAUGUCAGUUUGAACCGCCCUGAAACAAACCGUCUAUAAUCUGGUGGCGUAUCACGACAGAAUGGUCUUCUUCGUAUUAUCGGCAUUAGCAGAUCCAGUAUCAGUUAUAAUCUGGAUUAUCCUGCAUUAAGCAUUUGAGUGAGAAUAAGAAGGGAAUCUCGUCAGGGAGAUCAAGUGGAAAGAUCAGGAGUAUACAGUUCAACUCUAAAACAGAAAGUAAAAUAACAGCCACACAAGACUGUUUUUUUAAUCUGGUGACUGAGAUGUGUCUAACUGUAUAUAAUUGUGUUAAAUGUUCUGUUUGUUGGUUUGACUUGUGUUUGUACAUUCCAUUUGUUAAGUCCAAGUUAAUAUGUUUGUACGUUAACAACAUUUGGCCAUGUAACAUCAUAGGUUUGAGGAAUUAAGUACACAUACAGGAUAGUAGCAGCUCCUAUAUACUACUGUAGUAUGCAUGAGCAAUACACAAUAUGGUGGACUUGCUUUAAUUGAAGAGGUGAAUCACACUCUGUAUGAUGUAACACACACUCUAUUUCUGUAGAAUUUUCAUUUGAAAUCAUAACCAAGGUACCAUAGAAAUCCUGCCAACUGUCUUUGUAAUCUUGUACUUAAUUUGAAAAAAUAAAUGAAUAUGUUGCAUGACA